GCGUCGCCCACCACCCACGUCCCAAGAACUGACUUCCCCCAAGCGUUGGAGGCCAGCAAUACUUUCUUGGGCUAGCAUCUCCCUUCUUCCUCUACACACAUACCUCCCAAGCCCUUGUACAUUUUCAACAUGUCUUUCGGCGGGCAGACUCCAACCAUUAUUGUCCUGAAAGAGGGCACCGACACCUCUCAGGGCAAGGGCCAGAUCAUCUCCAACAUAAAUGCAUGCCUCGCCGUCCAGAACACGAUCAAGUCGACCCUCGGACCCUAUGGCGGCGACCUGUUGAUGGUGGACGAGAACGGCAGGCAGACAAUCACCAACGAUGGCGCGACCGUCAUGAAACUUCUCGACAUUGUCCACCCGGCGGCGCGGAUCCUCGUCGACAUCGCAAGAUCACAAGAUGCCGAGGUGGGCGAUGGCACAACCUCCGUCGUGGUGCUGGCAGGCGAGAUUCUGAAGGAGAUCAAGGAGCAUGUGGAGCAGGGCGUCAGUUCACAGAUCAUUGUCAAGGGCCUGCGGAAAGCCUCGACCAUGGCGGUAAACAAGAUCAAGGAGAUCGCUGUGAGCACGGAUGAGGCCAACCACAGAGAGACGCUGGGCAAGCUCGCCGCAACGGCCAUGACGAGCAAGCUGAUCAAGCGGAACACCGAGUUCUUCACCAAGAUGGUUGUCGACGCCGUCCUCACCCUCGACCAAGACGAUCUCAACGAGAAGUUAAUAGGCGUCAAGAAGAUCCCUGGUGGUUCCCUGACAGAGUCCCUGUUCGUCAACGGUGUCGCCUUCAAGAAGACCUUUUCCUAUGCCGGCUUCGAACAGCAGCCCAAGAAGUUCACCAAGCCAAAGAUUGUCUGCCUCAACGUGGAGCUGGAGCUCAAGGCCGAGAAGGACAACGCGGAGGUGCGGGUCGAGCAGGUAUCAGAAUACCAGGCCAUCGUCGACGCAGAGUGGCAGAUCAUCUUCAAGAAGCUGGAGGCCAUCUACAAGACCGGGGCCAAGGUCGUGCUGUCCAAGCUGCCGAUCGGCGACCUGGCCACGCAAUACUUUGCCGACCGCGACGUCUUCUGCGCGGGCCGCGUCUCGUCAGAGGACCUGGAGCGUGUUGUCCAGGCCACGGGUGCUACCAUCCAGUCCACCUGCUCCGACAUUCAUGCCGAGCACCUGGGCACCUGCGGCACUUUCGAGGAGCGACAGCUCGGCGGCGAGCGCUUCAACUUCUUCGAGGAUUGCCCAGAGGCCAAGACCUGCACACUCAUGCUCCGUGGCGGCGCAGAGCAGUUCAUCGCCGAGGUGGAACGAUCGCUGCACGACGCCAUCAUGAUUGUCAAGCGCGCCAUCCGCAACCGCACCAUUGUCGGCGGCGGUGGCGCAUGCGAGAUGGAGGUCUCGGCCUCGCUGCACCGCUUCGCGGACAACAACAUCCGCAACAAGCAGCAGGGCAUCAUCAAGUCCUUCGCCAAGGCCCUCGAGAUUAUCCCGCGGCAGCUGUGCGACAACGCCGGCUUCGACGCCACCGACAUCCUCAACAAGCUCCGUGUCGAGCACCGCAAGGGCAACACCUGGGCCGGCGUCGAUUUCGUCAACGAGGGUGUCGCCGACAUGAUGGAGCGCUUCGUGUGGGAGCCCGCCCUGGUCAAGAUCAACGCACUCCAGGCGGCCACCGAGGCCAGCUGUCUCAUCCUCGGCGUCGACGAGACUAUCCGGAACGAGGAGAGCCAGCAGCCGCAGGCACCCGGCAAGCCGUUGCCUCCCGGGGCUGCGCAGAGGGCGCUGAGGGGACGAGGAAGAGGGAUGCCGAGGAGGUAGAUAUGUGUUUGAUAGAGAAAGAGGGAAUAUAAAGCAGUGUGGUAAGAAAACUGAUCUGUAUUCUGUGUGUGUGGGACUCUAGGGUGCACCAGCGAAGGGGGCCGCAUUUUCUGUACAUGCUAUGAUUGAUACCUAGAUCGGCUUCUAUAGACACAGGCAAAAUGGAGAUGUUGAAAAGCAGACGACCGCCGUCGCCUCACGCGGGAUCAUUAUUCACGCAAGACCAGCCCCUUUCUUGAUAAUCACGUUCUGGGCAGGCGACCUGGAAUCCUCAGCAUCUGUGGUUUCAAGACAGGAGGUGAAGCACCGUAUUAUCACUCUCGUGUGCAAAGUCUCUAAGUCUCGAAACCAACGGCCAAAAAAGAAAAAGAAAGAAAAAAAGGACUGGAUAUAUGCGCACACGCAAAGGAACAGAAGCAUAUGAAACUACUCGGACAAGCCGGGGUUCAGCAACAGUGAAAGGGUUCUUGACCAUCUGCCAACAAUCCCCAAAACUCAAAGAAAGUAUUUCACCCAUCCAUGUAUUCAUCCAUUCAGCCUGUCAUACUAUCUCGCACUUCGAAAACUGCAAAAAAUCCAGAAUAACAUAUUUGCCAUGGCAGGCGACGCUUGAACGCUCCUAGGAAUCGAAGGAAAUAGAACAAGGAUGAAAGAAUUAAAAAAAAAAGAAGAAAAGACGAAAACAAAGGUGAAGAGAUGAAGUGCGGCAACGCCCUGUCCAUAUAUCCCCAUCUUUUUGUCCCCAAGACCAGCGCAAAAAUCAGGACCCUUGGAUCUAGGGCUCAGAGUGACAUAGAAGAAAGAAGCAAGAUACAAGAAGUGAAGGAAGAAGUAAAAUUAAGCAACAGAACAGACGCAACAGAAUGGCAAGGGCACCGCCGGAGCCACCAUGAAAUUCCCGUCCAUCAUAUAUAGCAGCCGCUCCAUCACAUAUCUCUUUUGAGUGACGGCUGAUAAUUUGGAUUACUGCCGAAGCAACACCUUGCUCGCCUAGUCGUCGUUUAUUCCGCCGUUUGGAAAACCCCCCAACUGACCCACAACAUCUAAUGUCAGACCGCCUCGUUGUCCACGAAUUUGUCGUCGUUGAUAAAUAUUAAGUCUUCCAGCCACUCGUCACCCGUCGGCUCAAAGAUGUGAUCCUCUCUCGGAGGCAUCGGCGAUGACGUUAGCUCGUCCUCCAGCGGGCUGGGUGCCAUGGCGCCCGAGUUAGGCGACGGCGACGGGUCCGUGCCAAAGUCCGGCAUGC